CCUUUUGUCGCAACCUUCACGGACUAUAUAAAAUCUGUCCUCAGUCGAAUAUUUCCCACUUAUUCAUCUGAUUCGCAAUACCAGGUCUUCAUUUGGUUUGAUCUACAAAAUGGACACACUUCAAGCAAGCCUGGAAGGCCAAACGCGGUCGUCUGCUCCCAACCCCAAUCUCGAUUCGGACAAGACUUCCUCCUCGCUGUCCAACUACGAACAGGCAGUCCAGGCCGCCGAGAUUUCAUCCCCAUCUUCUCUACAUAUCGUCACUCCGCUCGUAUAUUCCGAGACACUCUCCGAGAAGACUGGUCACAACAUCUUCCUCAAACUGGAUGCACUUCAGCCUUCCGGGUCGUUCAAGAUCAGGGGGAUCGGGAGGGUCUGUAAAGUCGCCGUCGAGCGAUAUGGUUCUUCGGCACAUUUGAUAUGUUCCAGUGGAGGGAACGCUGGAUUGGCCGCUGCGACCGCUGCGAAGAGCUUGGGCGUGAGGUGCAGCGUGUACGUGCCAGAGACCUGCGAAGAGGCUGUCAAGGAGACUCUCAGGGGUCUCAAGGCCGAAGUGAUCGUAGCCGGUCCUGUAUGGGAUACCUGUGAUCAAGCGGCUCGGAAAGCUGUAGAAGCCGAGGAUGGGGCCGUGUACAUACACCCCUUUGAAGGAGACGACCUGGUUGAUGGUCAUUCCAGUAUCGUCGAGGAGAUCUACCAACAGGUAGCCGAGUCAAGUCAGGCUAGCAAAGAUAAAGGAUCAGCGGCGGUCCCAGACAUGAUUGUUUCCGCUGUUGGGGGAGGCGGAUUCUUGGCGGGUAUCCUGCGAGGCAUCUCGAGAAGGCAGUCUCAAUCUCUGUCAUCAGGCGGGCCGGUCCACAGUCCAAAACUCGUCGGUGUACAGGACUUUGGGGCGGAUGGAUUCAGCCAGUCGAUGAACGCUUAUCAUGACGAUCCGAUCGGGAACGCCGACGCACAUAUCAUUCUCCCUGCCAUCACUUCUCUCGCCACAUCCAUGGGAGCCAGGAAAUGCUCGGCUCUUACGUUGAAGCUGGCGAGGAAAUACGCUCGAUACGGAACGCUUGACGAUUCCUCGAUUGCGACCUCCGGGUCUGGCUCUGGCUCGCAGAUGGAGGCGGAAUCCUCGACUCGGCAUGGCAAGUACUUUGCCGGUGUGGUUGUCGAGGACGCCAUCUCCGGAUCCGCAACAUGGCAGAUCAACCGAGAUCAUCAGAUCAUGGUCGAGAUCGCCUGCGGAGCGGCCCUGACGCCGGCUUAUCAGCCCGAACGCUUACUGUCCAAGUUGGUGGGGUCCUUGCCAAGACCGGAGGGCAGGAAGAACAUCGUGCUGAUCGCUUGUGGGGGAAGUAAGAUCGACCAGGUGAUGCUCGAAAAGUAUGAGAAGAGUUAUGGCUUGCAAGAAGGGGCAGGAAGGAUAGAGAUUGAUGGCCAGGCUAUCUAGGCUGCCCAUUUCGAGGUCGAUGUAUAUGAUAGAGGUAUAGCAUGCUUAGGGAGAUAGAUGAACGCAUCCAGACUUUCGCAUGGGAGUCAUGCAUACAACUAUAAUCCUCCUGUAGUUGGCACAUCCAGGAUGUAAAUCGUGAAGCAGCUGUAUUUUCCGAUUCAUCGCGUUUGCUGCGG